AUGGCGGCCGGCACGUUGCUGGAGGCCGGCCUGGCCCGGGUGCUCUACUACCCGACGCUGCUCUACACGGUGUUCCGCGGGAAGAUGCCCGGCCGGGCGCACCGCGACUGGUACCACCGCAUUGACUCCACCGUGCUGCUGGGCGCGCUGCCGCUGCGGAGCAUGACGCGCCGGCUGGUCCAGGACGAGAACGUGCGCGGGGUGAUCACCAUGAACGAGGAGUAUGAGACGAGGUUCCUGUGCAACUCCUCCAAGGAGUGGAGGAAAGAGGGAGUGGAGCAGCUGUGGCUCAGCACGAUAGACAUGACAGGAGUCCCCACCCUGUCCAACCUCCAGAAAGGAGUCCAGUUUGCUCUCAAGUACCAGUCGCUAGGCCAGUCUGUCUACGUGCACUGUAAGGCCGGGCGUUCCAGGAGCGCCACCAUGGUGGCCGCGUAUCUGAUUCAGGUGUACCACUGGACUCCAGAGGAGGCCAUAAGAGCCAUCACCAAGAUCCGGUCCCACAUCUACAUCAGACCUGGCCAGCUGGAAGUUCUCAAAGAGUUCCACAAGGUGACCACUGCAGGGGUGGCCAAAAACGAGACUCAUCACACGUCACUGACAUGA